AUGAUGGAUCUUAACGAACUAGCACUUGCACAGAAAUCCACUUACCGAUUUCAGUUACCAGCUUCGGCACGGCACAGAACCUACGAGAUUGGCGCUCGAGGACGGGAAAGAGCGGGUUACAUUUACGAUGCCCCUCCACACAAUGGUGCGGAGCCUUUAUUCUAUGGAGGAAGGAGCACAAACAACCACUAUGUGGUCUCCAGCCCGGGAAGAUAUACGUAUGAAGUUGCUCCACCUGCCUACAUCAUUGGAUAA